AUGGUGAAAUACGGGAUUCAGGUUUUGCAGAUUGAGGAUAAAACCGUCCUGGUGAACAACACGACAAACACUAUCAAGUGUAGAGCUGUGAUGUCACAACACACAACCACACCUGAGCAGCCCACACACGUCCCUGAGUCGUGCAGCUUCACUCUGGGUGCGGCUGGAGAUCAGGUGUGCGGUGUGGUGCCGUGUUGGGAUGUUCUGCAGGACAGUCAGACAGCAGAGGACAUAAAGCUGCUGCUGAGUUUGGAGAGUGCAGAGGCGCAGUGGAGUCCUCCGGCCCUCGUGAGGACAGAUUUCCCCAGACAAGAGCGUUCCUGUGCCGGUGGAGCCGGACACCGACUGGCCCUUCAACACCAGAAAGAGACGCUGCCCACCCUGCAGCUGUGCAUCAUCACGGACACGCCCACCGGUCACUCAGCCACGCCCACCGGCCGCACAGACACGCCCCCCUCACCAGGCUGGACUGAUGCCAUCGAUAUCAGUAGUCCUGGAACACAGGUUGUUUUUCUUCCUGGUUUCGGCUGUUUGUACAUCGACGUUCUUCACCAGAGCGGCACCAUCACGCUGACGCUCGCACCAGAGAGCAGCGCUGGAGACAUCGUCACACACCACAGGCCGUCCGAUCAGGUGCUGUCCUUCAGGAUUCUGCUGAACGAGGCGAGCGUGGCGCUCUGUGAUGACAUCACCAGCCCGUCCAGUUCUGUGGAGCUGCUGCGUCUCACCGUCUCCAAACUGCUGCUUCAGCUGCCGCUCGGCGAACCCUCGGCCGUCCACACCGUCCAGAUCCACUGCGCCGGCCUACAGGUGGACAACCAGCUGUACGAGCGCGCCAGCUUCCACUUCCCCGUCAUCCUGUGCCAGGAGUCCCUGAGCGUCACCGUCUCCACCGACGGACAGCUGGACCGCCUCGUCCUCCGCGUCAGACCGGCGCACGUCUAUCUGGAGGACACCUUCAUCUACUACAUGAAGACGCUCUUCCACACCUACAUCCCAGAAUGCACCCUGGGUGGGCGGGGCUGCGGUGGAGGGGCGGAGCCUGUGGCCCCGCGGGAGGUGCUGGAGUCCACACACGCUCUGGUGACGCCGGUGCUGCUGCAGAAGCUGUCCAUCGAGCCGGUUCAUCUGCUGGUGAGCAUCCACGCCUCGCUCAAGCUCUACAUCGCCUCCAACCACACGCCGCUGUCCUUCUCACUGUUCGAGCGCAGCCCCAUCUGCACCACACCGAGACAACUGGUGCACACACUCGCCAUGCACUACGCUGCAGGAGCGCUCUUCAGAGCAGGUUGGGUUGUGGGCUCUCUGGAGAUUCUGGGCAGUCCGGCCAGUCUGGUGCGGAGUAUCGGGAACGGCGUGUCGGAAUUCUUCCGCUUGCCAUACGAGGGUUUGACUCGCGGGCCGGGAGCGUUUAUCAGCAGCGUCUCUAGAGGAACAAACUCCUUCAUCAAACACAUCUCUAAAGGAGCGAUCGCAGGAAUCGUAGAUCAGCCCAUGCAGACGUUCACUCGGACGCUGGAGUUGCCGAACUCGGUGAGCAGCGCGGCCCGCGGCAUAAUCUCAAGAGUGGGGAAAGACAUUGUGGGAGUUUUCACCAAGCCAAUCGGAGGAGCAGCUGAGCUGGUGUCACAGACAGGAUACGGUUAAAAUUAAGGUUCCGGCUCUGCCUUUGAUGCGAC